AUUUUACUGUGAACAUGCACUCUGUUAGUAGGUUUAUUAUUGCUAAGCUCAACUGCACGGCGUGGUACGUGGAUGAAGCAUUUAUCUUAUUCCGUUUUCCGUCAAAAGGUGCACCUAAAAACAUUCAGUACUAAUGAGGACGCCCCAAUGUGGAGUCUCAUAUCGUGAUUCAUCUCUUGAUAACAAUAAAAAAUGGGACCUUCAAGGCAAUAACAUCACAACUAUAUACGAGACAGAUUUCCAGGAUCUAGCCAAGCUGAAAAUACUGCAGCUGACAAACAACGCGAUACAUACGAUAGAACGGGAGGCAUUUCAGGAUUUAAUAAAUUUAGAGAGACUACGUCUCAACGGCAACAGUAUACGACACAUCCCGGAGAAUUUAUUUUCCACAGUGCCUAAUUUGUUCCGUUUGGACCUCAGCCAUAAUCUAGUCUCGGUGAUUGGUAGGAAGACUUUGAAAGGUGUGUCGUCUCUGAAAACUUUACAACUGGACAAUAAUCAAAUCACAUGCGUAGAUGAAGCAGCAUUCCGCCAUCUGAAGGAUCUAGAAAUACUAACGUUGAACAACAACAAUUUGACCUUCCUGGGCAAAGAAACGUUCGGUAACCUGUUCCGACUGCGCACGCUCAGACUGAACGACAACCUCUUCCACUGUGACUGUCAACUGUCUUGGUUGGCACGGUACCUGCGUCAUUCACCCCGAUUAGCGCAGUACACUAGAUGUCACUCACCCACGCAUCUAAAGGGACACAGCGUCGUUGAACUUAAGGACACCGAUUUUAAAUGCUCAGGUUUGGUAGAAAGGGCUGUAACUGGAGAAUGUGCCAGCGAGUCCCAGUGCCCUCAUCCUUGCCGAUGCGCAGAAGGAAUUGUGGAUUGCCGCGGAAAGGGUCUCACCCAAAUACCUGACCAUUUACCUGAAGGCACUACGGAACUACGUUUUGAGCAAAAUGAAAUAACCGAGAUUCCACCUAAGGCAUUUUCAGCUCACAAAAGACUGAGAAGGAUAGAUUUGAGCAACAAUAAGAUAUCAAGGAUAUCUGCAGACGCAUUUCAAGGUUUAAAGGCGCUAUCCUCACUUGUACUUUACGGCAAUAAAAUAAAAGACCUUCCUGCUGGAAUUUUCCAAGGACUAGUGUCUCUACAACUUCUGUUGCUCAACGCGAAUGAAAUUUCCUGCAUAAGAAAAGAUACCUUCCGUGAUCUACAUAGUCUCAGUUUGCUGUCUCUCUACGACAACAAUAUACAGUCCUUGGCUAAUGGAAGCUUUGAUUCACUAGAGAGCAUACAAACAUUACACUUAGCAAGAAAUCCGUUUAUCUGCGACUGCAACUUGAAAUGGCUGGCCGAGUACCUGCACCGCAAUCCUAUAGAAACUUCAGGGGCCAGAUGUGAAACUCCUAAGCGGAUGCAACGCAGGCGCAUCGAAUCACUCAAGGACGAAAAGUUCAAAUGUCAAGAAGAAUUCCGAACAAAAUACGCCGGAGAGUGCCUCAUAGAUAAUGCGUGCCCCUCAGGAUGUUCCUGUGACGGCACAAUUGUUGACUGUUCCGGAAGAGGCUUGAAAGAAAUCCCUAGAGAUAUUCCUCUAUAUACUACAGAACUAUUGCUACACGACAACGAAUUGGGUAGGAUAAAGUCAGAUGGCCUCUUUGGAAGAUUGCCUAAUUUGGUGAAGUUAGACAUGAGAAGGAAUCAAAUUACCGGAAUUGAAGAAAAUUCUUUCGAAGGAGCUGCAAAAAUUGCCGAAUUGUUGUUAUCGGAGAAUAAGCUUCUAGAAAUCCACAACAAAAUGUUUCUGGGACUGCACAAUUUGAAGGUGUUGUCACUGAAUAAUAAUCAAAUAACAUGUGUAAUGCCUGGAUCCUUUGAUUCCCUUCAGUCUCUUCAUACGUUGAACUUGGUGCAAAAUCCAUUCGUGUGUAACUGUCACCUAGCAUGGUUCUCCGAAUGGCUGAAGAACAAAGGACUUAGCGGUUCACCUCCAAGAUGUGCCAGUCCUGAAAGAGUGAAAGAUGUCCUUAUUAGAGAGCUACCUAAGAACGAUUUCAAGUGUACUAGUGAGAAUGAUCAAGGAUGUCUUGGCGAAAACUACUGUCCGCCAAUGUGCUCAUGCACGGGAACGGUGGUUCGAUGUUCAAACGCUAACCUCAAGGAAAUACCUCGUGGAAUCCCACCAGAAACGUCAGAGUUGUAUCUGGACUUCAAUGAAAUCACACGGAUACAAGCUGAUAGAAUAUCUCACUUGAAGUCGCUUACCAGAUUGGAUAUGAGCAACAAUAAAAUCCAAAUGUUAUCAAACAACACGUUCACGAACCUGUCAAAGCUUUCAACGUUGAUCAUUAGCUACAACAAGCUUCAAUGUGUUCAGAAGGAUGCGUUACAGGGACUGAGUUCGUUGAGAAUAAUCUCUCUACACGGAAACCAGAUAUCACUAAUACCAGAAGGUACAUUUGCUGAUCUGAAAUCUAUCACCCAUAUCGCCUUGGGCUCGAAUCCAUUGUAUUGUGAUUGUACCCUAAGGUGGCUCUCAGAUUGGGUGAAAGUAGAUUAUGUUGAACCAGGGAUAGCACACUGCGCAGAACCUCCAAACAUGAAGGACAAGUCUAUACUGUCUACUCCUUCAUCGCAGUUCCAGUGUAAAGGCCAAGUUAGUAACGAAAUAAUGGCAAAGUGCGACGCUUGCUACACGUUCCCUUGUCAGAAUAACGGCAAAUGUUUGACAAUGCCUGACAGGGACUACGAGUGCAAAUGUGCUCCAGGAUUCCAUGGGAAAAAUUGCGAGUUCAUGAUUGAUGCCUGCUAUGGAAAUCCUUGCAGGAAUCAAGGAACAUGCAAAUUGUUAGAAGAAGGAAGGUUCAGCUGUGUCUGCGUUCCUGGCUUCACCGGCCAACGCUGUGAACAUGACAUCGACGACUGUCUACAGAACAAAUGCGAAAAUAACGCCACGUGCGUAGAUCUAAUAAAUUCCUAUCGCUGCGUGUGCCCUCCGGGGUACAUGGGCGAUCAGUGCCAAACGAGGAUUCCCUUUUGUACACCAGAAUACAAUCCUUGUAAAAAUAACGCUCGCUGCAUCGAUCACGGUACUGGUUAUAGCUGUGACUGUCUACCUGGUUUUAAGGGGCAUAACUGCUCCGUCAACGUCGACGACUGCGAGAACCACAUGUGCCAGAAUGGGGCAACCUGUGUAGACGGUAUAAACGACUACACCUGCAAAUGCAAUGGGGACUACAGCGGAAAGUUCUGCGAAAUCACGCCACAGGUAGCGAUGAUGUAUCCACAAACGUCGCCGUGUCAGCACCAUGAUUGCGUUCAUGGAGUAUGUUUCCAACCUCAGGGAUCUAACGACUAUCUGUGCAAAUGCGCGCCAGGAUAUUCAGGCAAACGUUGUGAAUAUCUGACGUCUCUCAGCUUCACUCAUAAUAAUUCGUACGUAGAGCUGGAACCGCUUAGAACAAAACCCGAAGCCAACGUCACGAUCAUUUUUGCCACCGACAAAGAAAAUGGGGUACUACUAUAUGACGGACAUGAAGCACAUCUUGCUGUUGAACUAUUCAACGGGAGAAUUAGAGUUAGCUAUGACGUCGGAAACGAUCCGGUAUCAACAAUGUAUAGUUAUGAAAUGGUUUCAGAUGGCAACUAUCACGUCGCCGAGCUGAUAGCCAUAAAGAAGAACUUCACGCUACGUGUAGAUGGUGGCGUAGCCAGAAGCAUUAUCAACCAAGGUCCCUUGGAGUACCUCAAACUAAGCACACCCAUGUACCUGGGAGGCAUCUCAGAAGGGACUGGUAGAGAUGCUUUCGAGCGAUUCCACCUGAGGAACUUGACCAGUUUCCACGGAUGCAUGAAGGGAGUCUGGAUCAACCACAAGCCGGUGGAUUUUGGUAACGCUCAGACGCAGCAGAAGGUGCAACCUGGAUGUGGAAUCAUCGAGGCGGAUAGAGAGGAAGAGGAGUUGCAGCAAGAGGAGGAUAUUGACGAGGGGAUGAUUGGCGAGCCUCCUGCACCGCCAGAUCCUUGUCAAGAUAACCGCUGCAAGCACGAUAGCAAAUGUGUACCAACUGUCAACGAUGAAUACAUCUGUAAGUGUAGGCCGGGAUAUAAAGGCAAAUACUGCGAGAGACCUGACGAUGAGUCUCCAACGUGCAGGAAAGAGCAAAUCCGAGAAUACUACUCGGAAAAUGGAUGCCAUUCAAGAAAACCUUUGAAGAUGGCUAAAUGUAUCGGAACCUGCGGAUCAAGUUGCUGCCAUGCAAGGAAGACCAAGCGGAGAAAGGUCCGCUUGAUAUGUCCCGACGGCACGCGGUUCACGAAGGACGUGGACAUCGUGCGCAAGUGCGCGUGCACGAAGAAAUGCUACUGACUGACAUACGCCGCUAAUCACAAUUCUGACGGGGUGCCGCAGACACAAGGAAAACUCUUCGAAACCGUCGCCGCACCUCUGCAAAGCACUCUCAACGUUCCAGACCAAUUUCAUCCGUACACUAGUAGUAGUAGUGGUAGCAAUUUGUUCGAUCAUAUCGAACCACCGGUACACGCACCCAUCACCCAACGACUCAGUGAUAAUUCGCUCAACCUAUAUCACGAACCAGUACCAAGCCAACCUUACAAAUUGGCUUUCUACUAUGAAAACGAAAAGGACUCUAAUCAAAUGGAUGCACCUGCCAACUACGAUGGGCUGAUCGUCCAGAGCUAUGACACCAAAAUUGAAGCAAAACAGCCGUCACAAGCUAGGCAUCUGAAAGAUCGACCCGACCAGCACGAUUCAGGUUGCAUUCUAUCAGCGUUCCUGUACUUUGUGACCAUCACUUCGUUCGUAUACUUGGCCGUGCUGUAUAUCAAGCAACGAAUGCACGUGCACGUUGAACAAAUGCAAUGGUGGUAACGAAGUCAGUACGUAGGGAUGAAGAUAUUCGCAAGUGUUCACUAGGGAUACGUGUUCUUAAGGUUUAGGGCGUAGUGAGAUCUGCCGAUCCCCUGCGGUUGCGAUGGGUUUUAAAUUGAAUAAAAUAGAAUACAGCUAACAAGAAAAAAACAUGACGAAAGCAAUUAUUGGACGCAUUAAGAAAACGACAAAGCUUUGCCUUAUUCCUGCGGCUAUUUGUGUCAAAAAGACACUGACACUAAGCGUUUUAACUCCUUGAAUGCAUCCAUCAAGUCGAUGAAAAAUGAAUCGAAUGAAAACUUAGUGCAAAAUUUCAUUGCCAUAAACCAUCUUGGCACACAAAAUGUUUCGAUCGAAUUGACAAAUAAUGCUGAAAAGUGAUAUUGCUGAAUUUGAUGGCUUUAGAACCCAUUGCAACCAUUAAAGAUACACAAUAAAUAUUUAUAUACACAACUCACACAAGCUGUAAGACUUGCAUGCUUAGACUGUCUAAGAAAAACAUAUAUUUGUAUACUAUUGGUCUUUUCCCUGGACACAUUUUCUUCCUCUAUAAAAAUGUGAUUAAUGUUUAUCUACGAGAAUAACAUACAGAUCCACUUUCAAACCAUAAAUACAUAUCAUAUAUCUGCUUAAAAAAGUAUACAAAGGAGUCAAAGAAAACUAACUAUCAAAAGCUAAGGGGAAGAAAAAUUGUCCAGUACAAGCACUUAUUUUUAACAACUAAGCUGGAACCAACGUGUACGUGUAAAGUAGAAUUGGGAUAUGUAGUUCGUUUCCACAUUUGAAAAAUGUCCAAUAAUUAUCAAAAUAUAUGAGAGCUCCAAGAAAAUGUGCUAUAGUUGUUGAAAUUUGACUAUACUGACUAGUAGCGUUGAUUGAUUAUCCAAUUAAUGUGGAACGAAAAAUAUACCCUUAUGCAUCCCUACCCUCUGACUUAUGCGCUUUUUCGUUUUCUGACUCGUUAAGUUGAUCAUUACAACGAAUUGAGGUGACGCGAUUUUGUACAGAGUAUUUCAAAAAGGUUUAUUUUAGCGAAAGUUUGAAAAUGUUAAUGCCAUUUUUUGAGUUCUUUUGUGUUGACCAGUAGACAUUUUUGAGGUACUCAUACAACUUGUAAGCAAACAUAUAUAUGCCGGAAAUAAUUCCCGAAAUAUUACCACUAUUAUGACAGAAAAAUAGAUGUUUAAUGUGCUGAAACAGACAUAAAUGAAACAACACCGAGAAUAUAAUUGAAUGUUAGAAUUGUGAUUAGUGGCGUUUGAUACCCCCAAGAACUUUCAAUGCAACGUUAAAAAAUGUGUAAUGUUAGUUUUAUUGUGUGAGACACAAUAAUUUGUUCAGCUUCAGCUCAACAUAAUGUCAUCAACACUGAAAACCAGAUUUAAAAAACCUAUGUGAGUAUGCCUUGGAUAUAAUAAAUUGAAGAACCGCUCAUUUUUAACUAAAGUAUUGCACAGCUUAAGGCCGUACGUCUCUUUUUUGUUCGCUUUUUUUCAACUACCUGUUUGCAAAUAUUCUAAAUCCUUUUCAUCUGAUUACUUCAUGACGUGUAUAGAGAUGACUAAAAAUAUCGUAUUAAUUUUGUUUUGUCAUAAAAUGCAUUUUUGUGCAUUUUAUUGUGGAUUCUUUCUUCGAUCGUAACUUGUUAACAAAUAUUAGUACAGCUGUAAAAUUGUAUGUGAAUAUUCCACUGUUAUAGAUGAAUGAAACAAGUGAUUACUUUUAUUCUUAUCACUUUUUCUCUUCGAAAAAUUUUUGCAUUUCUUAUAAACUCUACUUGCUGCGAGACGAGGCUCCAAAAAAAAAUCGAAAAAUAAAAGGGAUAAAAACAAAAGUAAUCACUUGUUCCAUUCUUCCAUAAAAGAGGAAUAUUCACACAAAACUUCAGAGCAGUACUUAUAUUUGUUGUAAGUUCCGACUGAAGAAAAAAUGCACAAUAAAUUUUACGAAAAAUGCAUUUUUUGACAAAAAGAUAAAAACAUUGUUUUUAGUCAUCCCUAUACACACCAUGAAAUUAUCAGAUGAAAAGGAUUUAGAAUACUACUGCAUUCAGGUAGAUGAAAAAAAAUAAUCUAAAAAAGGGACGUGAAACCUUAAACUCCUAGCUUGAAGACUCAAGAUUUCUGGUUAACCUUUUAAAUAAAUGGAGAUCAAGUUUUGCAGUAGUUAUUGAUAUUUCGGUUGUCUGAAGCUGUGCCACUUCAAGCGGUCUGUAAUGAAAAAGUCCAUCAUAUCUUCCCAUUUUAACAGCUUGUCUGCCUGAUAGUAAUGGAACACUUUGUAAAUACUUCAAUUCAGCGACGCAGAUAUUCCACAAAACUAUACCUAUUUAUCUUUGCAUACUAUCUUAGAGUUAUUCAAGAUUGAAAUGUUUACUGAAUUAAACUAAGAUCUCAUUUUUGUUUCAUGAAUUUCACAGAUAAUUUUUUCCAUAAAUCCAUGUGAUGGGCUUUUUCAAGACCACUCAGUAUUAAUGUUUCCAUAAAAGAAUUUUUAUUUAUGAACUAUUAACAUCAAUAUACUCUAAGAAUAGAAUAAAAAAGGAGCAUUUUAUAAUUGUAUAUAUGUAUGCAAGGCAAUUAGAAUAUACUCUACUUUUUAAUUGAGCAAGAUAAGGAUCCAUACUCAUAAUAUACGUAUAAGACGAGGCAUCUAAAGGUUUCAGAAUUGAUAGCUUUAUAUUAAACAAUAAAAAAACACUUUGAGUGGAAAUGAAGUAAGACUGCAUUUAAAUAUAUCAAAAAUUCGUUCGAAAAGUUAGAAAAUUCCAAAUUUCAGUUUUACACAGGUACGACUGAACAGAAAAUUAAAAAACCAAAUGAAAAUGAGAAAUAACAUUUUCUGAACUCUAUAGUGUCUAGCGACAGUAUCGUAACAAAUACUGGAAUACAUCUGAUACCUUUGGAACUUCUGUAGAUAUACAAAUUUCGUUAUUUAUGUCGUUACCAUUUUAGCAUUCUCUCAAAUAUUUGAAUUGUUUUGCAUACUUUUAGGAUUAAGGUUUAUAGAAAUGCAUUCUUAUACUCUGUAAGAUUGGGUUUUUCUUCAAAUUAGCGCGCUUCUCCCAUUUUUUUCCAACUGAUGUUUUCGAGUGUAAGAAUAAAUUUUCGAUCUGAAAGUUGUAAAUUAUAUAUUUAGUUCUAAGUCAAACGUUAUCCGUUGUAUUUAGGUAUAUUGGUAUGAUUUCUAUGCGAAAUAAUAGAGAAAACGGCCUUUUUAGACACAGAUCAAUCCAUUAAUUUAUGCCUAAUUGUAAUUUAUAU